AUUCCAUUUCGUAGAUCCUUGCACUUGCACACCAAGAGGGGCAUGAAACUAUCAUAACAAGAUAUUUUGCAAAUAGAACAGUAUUCGACCAUGACCAAGUCCUACACUGAGGAGACCAUGGUGUUGGAAUCUCAAGGCACUUCAAACUGGACUGACGAGUGCCACAGUUCUCAGGACGAGCACGACAUGGAAAAGAAAAACGGAGAGCACGAUGAUGACCUGCACAAGGAAAUGGAGGACGACGAUGAGGCUUUGGACAGGCUGGAUGACGAUGAUGAUGAGGAUGAUGAGGAGGAAGAGGACGGCGAUGACACCAAGCCCAAAAGACGCGGACCCAAGAAGAAGAAAAUGACUAAGGCGCGACUUCAGAGGUUUAAACUCAGGCGCAUCAAGGCCAACGCGCGGGAAAGGAACCGUAUGCAUGGACUCAACGAUGCUCUGGAGAGUCUGCGUAAAGUUGUGCCGUGUUACUCCAAGACGCAGAAGCUGUCAAAGAUUGAGACUUUGCGCUUGGCCAAAAACUACAUCUGGGCCCUGUCUGAGAUUCUGAGGUCUGGCAAAAGUCCGGACUUGAUGUCCUUCGUGCAGGCCCUGUGCAAGGGUUUGUCACAGCCCACCACGAAUUUAGUGGCCGGCUGUCUCCAACUCAACCCCAGGACUUUCCUUCCCGAACAGAGCCAGGAAAUGCCCCCUCAUAUGCAAACAGCAAGUGCUUCCUUCUCCGCGCAUCCAUACUCUUACCAGACGCCCGGUCUUCCCAGCCCUCCCUAUGGUACAAUGGACAGCUCCCACAUAUUCCACGUCAAACCCCACGCGUAUGGAAGCGCGCUGGAGCCGUUUUUUGAGACGGCACUGACAGACUGCACUAGCCCGUCGUUCGACGGGCCUCUUAGCCCACCUCUGAGUGUGAACGGGAACUUUUCCUUCAAACACGAGCCUUCGGCGGAGUUCGAAAAGAACUACGCCUUCACCAUGCACUAUCAGGCGGCAGGUCUGGCGGGACCGCAGGGCCAUCCCUCGCUUUACGCAAGCUCUGCACAGCGUUGUGACAUACCGAUGGAAAACAUGAUGUCCUACGAGGGUCAUUCUCACCACGAGAGGGUUAUGAAUGCCCAAUUAAAUGCUAUAUUUCACGAUUCAUAAAUCGUGUGAAACUUUUUAACGGACUGAUAAUUGUGCGUUUUGGUACCCAUGGGGUACCUCGGCGCGAAAGAGCAACAACAUUAUGCUUAAUCUUAUGUAUGUAUUUAUUGUUGUUACUGCCUUUAGGAGAAGUGAGGAUGCAUAUUCUCAUUCACCUUUAUGUAUUGUAUUCUAUAGCGCUUCUAUUUUGCGGUCACCGGGGGAGAAGGUGUGACCUCAUUCAGAAUGUGUUGAUUAUCCAUGUUACAAAAUCACAAGCAAUAAUUUGGAAACUAUGCAAUUUUUAAACGAGAUACUGGGCCAAUUAUUAAAGAUAAUGAAUAGAGAUUUUAUAUUUUUCAACCUGCAUUUUACUACUUAUCUAUUCCCAUGCUGAAUUAUUUUGUUGUGAUUUUGUAUAGAAUUGUCGAUUCAUUUUUAUAAAGUCAAGUUCGUACACCAUUCCAACCAUCUUCAUGUCAAUGUUUUCUAUAAAAAAAAUAGAGUUAUCUCAUGUUUAUACGAGACAGUAAUUAUUAUAGUUAUUAUUCAGUGAUGUAAUAUCCAGCAGGCAAGUGCUUACAAAUCUGUUAUGUUGCCUUAGCAAUUAUUUACUGUAAACCAUGCAAAAUUGCACAAUUAUGAUCGUUUCGCUCCCAAAACAGUGUCGUUGUGUUUUCCUAACAAUCAAGAAUGCUUAAUCAUUCGAGAGAAAAGACUUGACAAAUGAUUUGGGAGUCAACGACUACCACAUAAUUGGUGUUGGAAUAAAUAUUGCGGAUGUACAUAAAAUCGUUUGACUAUCAUCUGAAAUGUGCACCCUCUGUAAAGUCUAAACAUGAGACUGUCACAGCAGAAGGAAAAUAAACAAUCACCCUACGUUCCUACA